CAUAGGCAAUAACUCUCUGUCUCAGAAGCGCAAGAGAAAGCGAAUCUAAUCUAUAAAAGAAGGUUUUUCAUUCUUAAACGCCGUAACCAAACUAAAGAACCCAUUUUUUAUGACUCUCUCUCUUUCUCUCUCUCUCUCUUCUUUAUGCCUGGCCGCGACUCUUCCCCACGCGCCUCUCUUCUCCUCCUCUGCGAUCAGCUGACACUCAAACCUCCGGUGUCAUCAGUCGUCAUUCGCAUUUAAGUUUGCCUCCUCCUCCUCCGUCGUCUUCUUCAGUAAAGUUCGUCCCUUUGAAAACCAACUUAAACUAUUAGGAGGCCUUUGUUUUUCCGGUCAAUCUUUUCUCUUUUCUUGAAUUCGUUUGGACGGUGAGGAAUCGCAGCAGAAAAUUCAUCCUUUUUUUUCAGAAAAGUAAAAUUCAGACUUCAAUUGCUUUUGUCUUCAUGACUGGUUUGCUCUCUCUUUUUUUUUCGGCUGAUUUUGUGCUCUGCAACUGUAAGUAUCUGUGAAAGCGGUUUAUGUCAGCAGCAGCCAUUAGAUUCUGUUAAUAGAUACCGAUAAUUCUACUCAGUAUAAGGCGCCAUCGCCAUGUCGAGAUAUUCAAAUGGGAAAAGUUCCUCAAGUCAGGAAGGGCAGAAAGCAAUAGUGCCAAAGCCUGAAAUGUUGGAUUUUGAUUUGCCUGAGGAUGCCCUUUACUCCCGACAUGUUGGGGACAACGUUGCAAGUUCAUCUGGAAGCAAUGUAAGAUCAUUUUUCAUUGGGAUGGGAUUUUCGCCAUCUCUCGUUGAGAAAGUCAUUGAAGAAAAGGGUGAAGACAAUGCUGACUUGUUACUGGAGACUCUUGUUGAAUAUUCUGAUGUUCGAAAGGUAAACACUCACUCAUCAGCUUCUCUGCAUAGCUUAUUUGCUGACAAGGAUGGAGGCAGUUGUCCAGAAAGCUCCACUUAUAUUCAACCAAAAGAGGAGCCUGAUGUAUUUGAUGAAGUUCAUGUUGACAAAAGAGCAUCUUUACUGAUGAUGAGUUUUUCUGUAAAUGAAGUCGAUUUUGCAUUGGACAAACUUGGUGAACAUGCUCCACUAAAUGAAUUAGUGGACUUCAUUGCAGCUGCUCAAAUAGCAGAAGAAUUUGAGAAGGAAUCAGAAGGUUCACUCAGCAGUGAGGAAGAAAAGGAUCAGAAUGUUACUAAUGAAUUUCUGUUUGGGACGAUGGAGAAGACACUUCACUUGCUUGAGAUGGGUUUCUCAGAGAAUGAAGUUUCAAUAGCAAUUGAGAAGUUUGGUUCAGAAGUUCCAAUUGCAGAGCUUGCAGAUUCAAUUUUCACUGGUCAAAUUGCUGGUAACUACACUGAAAGUAAAAAGUUCACAUCUGCAGCUUUGCGCAGGGGCUUGAUACAUAACUCAUGUGAUACAGUGAAGAUUGAAACUGAGGAUUGCAGUUCCAGUGCUGUUCCUCAGUCAAGAAAUAUUAACAUAGGGGAAUCGUGCAAAGGGAAAAGACUAAAAGAAGAAAGUUUUGAUGACUUCCCAGUUUCUCUUCCUCAGUUCAAGCAAUCUAGUUAUGAGAAAAAGCAUAAAGGGAAAAGGCCAAGACAAGACUAUGUAGAUAAUACAAGUUCUUUCCUUGAUCCAGCAUGGCUUGAAGAGAAAAUAGACCCUAAUAUCAUCAGAUUUGAGAUGCCCAGACCUUUCAAAUCCAAUUCAUGCAAGAGUGUGGACAAGAUGGUAGCCAAACCUCCAUAUUUUUUUUAUGGGAAUGUUGUCAAUAUGUCUCCUGAUUGUUGGGCCAAGGUUUCACAGUUCUUGUACGGAAUCGAGCCUGAAUUUGUGAACACUCAGUUUUUCUCUGCCUUAAGCAGAAUAGAAGGCUAUGUACACAAUCUUCCAGCUGGAAACAGGUUUAACAUCCUUCCAAAGUCACCACUGACUAUACAGGAUGCAUUACCGCAUACAAAGAAGUGGUGGCCAUCUUGGGAUACAAGGAAACAGUUGAGUUGCAUGGGUUGUGAAGUUAAUGGAGUAUCAAAGCUAUGUGAUAGGCUUGGGAAGAUAGUAGCUGAUUCUCGAGGAGUACUUUCACCAGAUCAGCAGAAAGACAUUUUUCGCCAUUGCAAGACAUCAAAUCUCAUAUGGGUUGGCCCGUACAAGUUGGGCCUUGCAGAGCCUGGACAUUGGGAGCUUAUUCUAGGCUACCCAUUGAACCACACUAAAGCUCUGGAGAAUGACUCGAGUCGAAGGCUACAAUUACUCGAGCAAUCUUUCCAAACUGACACUUUGGGUUAUCAUCUCUCUGUUUUGAAGUCAAUGUGUCCUGGAGGGUUGACAAUGUUAUCUGUUUUUAGUGGCAUUGGUGGAGCUGUGGUUACUUUGCAUCGGCUGGGCAUCCACUUGAAAGGUGUUGUCUCUGUAGAGACAUCUGAAGCUAGGCAAAGUAUUCUUAGGAAUUGGUGGCAAAGUACCGGACAAACUGGAGAGUUGGUGCUGAUAGAAGACAUUCAAAAGCUAACAAGUAAAAAACUUGAGAACCUCAUUGAUAAAUUAGGCGGUUUUGACUUCGUAAUCUGUCAAAACUCUAGCAGUUCCAUGACGGGUCCAGAUGAUGAUAGGCUGCCAGGCUUUGACUUCUCUCUGUUUUAUGAAUUUGUUCGUGUAUUGCAACGUGUAAGAAGUAUGAUGGAGAGGAGAAGCUAAACUCUUGAGUCCCUCUGUCCACGUAAAUGGUCUGCUGAUUAAUUAUGAGUUAUCUAAUUUGACCAGAUGAGGCUUUGGGUA